AGGAGGUCGUUUUUCGAACGCUGAAAUGGAAACCCCGAAAAGUUGCGAUACGUUCGUUGUAAUGGGUGAUAAAACGGGAGACGGAAGUACCAUUUUUGGGAAAAAUUCAGACCGACCAAAUGGAGAGGUUCAAGAACUCGUCUUUGUCGCUGCUUGUGAUCACGCUCCUGGCUCUAAGUUGCAGUGUACGUACAUAGAGAUCGAUCAAGUCGAGCACACGCAUGGCGUCAUGUUGUCGAAACCAGCGUGGAUGUGGGGAGCCGAGAUGGGUGCCAACGAACACGGAGUUUGCAUUGGAAACGAGGCGGUGUGGACGAAGCUCAAUAGUGCCGACGACAAAGUCGAACGACUGCUGGGUAUGGAUCUCUUGAGACUGGGUCUCGAGCGUGGCAAGACUGCCAAAGAAGCGAUGGAUGUGAUCACAGAGCUGUUGGAUAAAUACGGGCAAGGAGGACCGUGUUCCGACGUAACCGGCUUGUUUUACUUCAACUCAUUCAUCAUCGCGGAUCACGGGGAAGCGUGGGUUCUCGAGACUGCUGGCAGGUCAUUUUGGGCUGCUGAAAAAGUCACUGAGGGAUAUCGAAACAUUUCGAACGACUUGACGAUCACGACGAAGAUAGACGCUAGUUCUCCGGAGCUUGAGAAACAGGCCCGCGAGGAAGGGCUUUGGUCCAGCGACGAGCCAUUUAAUUUCCGGAAGGCAUUUGCCUCUGGCUCUGGUGAUAUCGAAUGCGGAGACUCGAGAUACGUUGCUGGCAAGACUUUGUUGAAAGAGCUCACGAGUACUGGUGGGUUCGACGUGCGAGGAAUGAUGCAGAUUCUGAGGCAUUCCGAGUCGGAGAUUUGUCGCUCGAGAGAGCACAAGCAUCCGACCGCGAGUAGUCAGAUAUCAGUGUUGUCUAAGGAUGCUAAGCCGAGUGUUCAUUGGUUCACUGGGACCCCGGAUCCAUCGUUGUCGGUGUACAAGCCGUUUGCGUUUCUGGAAGGAGUCUCUGGAUGUGACGACGUUGUAAGUCCGAAGUACAGCGAUGCUGAAGAUCCCGCGAAAACGACGCCGAGAUUUGCCAAGUCCGUGGAUCGCCGCCACAACUUGUUCCGUGCUCAGGAGCAAGCGGUUUCCAAGGGGGUUUUGCGACCCGGCUCAGAUUUACUCGAGAAGCUCAAAACUUUAGAAGCUGAAUGCGUGGAAGAAGUAGGCAAACUCGUUGCGGAAUUCACACCGGAUAGAUCAAACGACUUGCUUGGCAUAUUCAACGACUGCAUUGAAGCAGAAAUUAAGUUGUACGAAUAGAUCAGCGAUGCCAGGUAACCCCUCCCCCUGAGCAAUGAUGUAAAUUCCUCUCGAAUAUCAGUAAAGCUUACACGCUUAGGAUCUUACUCUUGUUCCGAGAGAUUUUUACAGUUCUAUAGCAGCAUCAUUGUUGCUAAAUUCAGCACAUUAAGCUUCAAAGGAUACCAUUAAGUUUUUGAAAUGAAUUUCCUUGCGGAUUUCUCUUCCAAUUCUGUGUCCGAAAUUCUUAUACUUUUCGGUUGCGUGUUCCCUUGAAUUUAGGACAACAGUUCAGUAUGUAUACUCCUCUCGGUAUUUGAACAAGAAUCCAUUUUUUUUCAUCUAUGGAUAAUUCUCGCGGAUUUACUGAAAAAUCAAUCUCAUAGAGACCCAGUCCAGAACUAGGAAAGACAAAGAAAAAAAUCUCGUAUUUGCAGCGUGUGCAAAUGAUCUUGGGCGGAUUUUUUUUGCUUAAUAGCACGGCUUUUGAUGAUUGUGAUGUACAGCACAGCGUUCAUUCAGUAUCGUGGAUACGCGGAAAGUUCAUGGUGUUGUUGAUGUGUUGUGGGGAAAAAAUCGGGGUUCGGGAUUUCCAGCGUAAAUCUUUCGAGUGGAUCCCCUGAUCACAUGAGUGUCCCAUCAUUUUCUCUCCGUGACGCGUCUUUGCGGUGCGAUUUCGGGAUGAAGCGGCGAUUUCCAAAUUCUUGCUGGAAUGAGUCGUAUUUCGGCCUUCACUGUUUUCUGUUUCUGUGUCAUGUAAAGGAAAGCUUUAAAACCUG